GCCAGCCACAACUUCUUUACCCCUGAGCUCCCCAUCUCUGUCUCUGCACCCUACAACUCCCACCCCUCCGUAUUUAUUUCCCUGGCCCCCUGCCAGCCCCUCCAUCUCUGUCUCCGGGAUUCAGGCCUCCCUCCCUGACAUGGAGAGUAACCUGUCUGGCCUGGUGCCUGCUGCUGGGCUGGUGCCUGCGCUGCCGCCCGCCGUGACCCUGGGGCUGACUGCGGCCUACACCACUCUGUACGCCCUGCUCUUCUUCUCCGUCUAUGCCCAGCUCUGGCUGGUGCUCCUGUAUGGGCACAAGCGUCUCAGCUAUCAGACGGUGUUCCUGGCACUCUGUCUGCUCUGGGCUGCCUUACGUACCACCCUGUUCUCCUUCUACUUUCGAGAUACACCCCGAGCCAACCGUCUGGGGCCACUGCCCUUCUGGCUUCUCUACUGCUGUCCUGUCUGCCUCCAGUUCUUCACACUGACGCUUAUGAACCUCUACUUUGCCCAGGUGGUGUUCAAGGCCAAGGCAAAGCGUCGGCCAGAGAUGAGCCGAGGCUUGCUGGCUGUCCGAGGGGCCUUUGUGGGGGCCUCGCUGCUCUUCCUGCUGGUGAAUGUGCUGUGUGCAGUGCUGUCCCGCCGGCGCCGGGCACAGCCCUGGGCCCUCCUGCUGGUGCGCGUCCUGGUGAGCGACUCCCUGUUUGUUAUCUGCGCACUCUCUCUUGCCGCCUGCCUCUGCCUUGUUGCCCGGCGGGCUCCCUCCACCAGCAUCUACCUGGAGGCCAAGGGGACCAGUGUGUGCCAGGCAGCUGCGAUGGGUGGUGCCAUGGUUCUGCUGUAUGCCAGCCGGGCCUGCUACAACCUGGCGGCCCUGGCCUUGGCCCCCCGGAGCCGGCUGGACGCUUUCGAUUACGACUGGUACAACGUCUCUGAUCAGGCGGACCUGGUGAACGACCUGGGGAACAAAGGCUACCUGGUGUUUGGCCUCAUCCUCUUUGUGUGGGAGCUGCUGCCCACCACCCUGCUGGUGGGCUUCUUCCGGGUGCACCGGCCCCCACAGGACCUGAGCACCAGCCGCAUCCUCAACGGGCAGGUCUUUGGCUCCCGUUCCUACUUCUUUGACCGGGCACACUGCGAGGAUGAGGGCUGCUCUUGGGAGCACAGCCGGGGUGAGAGCACCAGCAUGUCAGGCAGCCUAGGCUCCAGCAGCUGGUACGGUGCCAUCGGGCGGGAGCCAGGCUGGUGCGGGGGCAGCCAGACGCGGACCACUCCUCUGCUCUUCUCCCAGGUUCUGGGACCAGGCAGCCACCAUCACAGUCUCUACUCUACCCCACAGACGUGAUCCCCCUUCAUCUCCCCGCAGAACACCCAGACCCCAGUCCCUCCCACCCCAGACCCCUGUGCCAAGUUCAUCUGCCGCUUCUUGCCCGGGAUCCCGGGGGCUGUGGCUGCCUCUUUCCCAGGCCGGCUCCUUGCUACUCCUGUUGUAGUGAGCUUGUGCUGUCCCCUAGGAUGGGGGGCAUGGCCCUGGCUGCCAGAUGCUCGUAGCAGCCUGGCAUGAUCUACCACCUCUGCUUGUACACCAGAGCCAGCCACCUCUCCUGCGCCUGCCACUCAAUAAACAGUGUCUGUGCCCCGAGUC